AGACAGAGAAGCAGCGAAGGACCAAAAGUCAUCUGGAGAUUUCAUGUGAGCAGCAUGGACAAAGAGGACAGCUGCUGUUGGGGAUGAAUGGACGGCCGCUUCAGGAACAUCAUCCCUCAGAGUCGGGAUCUUGAGAACUUGUGUUGCUGAGAACAUUUGAUUUUUUUUUUUGAAGAGGAAGAAUUUCUGCCUCAGGAAUUUGGCAUCAACCUUUCAGGAUAAAAGCCACGUGAAUAAAUCUCAAGAUGAAGGCGCAUCUCUUCUGCUUGGUCAUCCUCCUGGCACUUCAUUUCCUUGUGGCCAGUGGUCAGUUAGUGUCAAAGAAGCAGGCGGUGACCCAAAGCAGUCGCCUGGUGGAGAGGGACAUCCAGGGUCCGGUGUGGCCCAACAUAACCAUGCCUCGCCGUCGACUCCCGCCCAUGUGCUCUGGGCCGACGGAGAUCCGAGACACCUUCAAGUACAUCAACACAGUGGUGUCCUGCCUUGUGUUUGUUGUGGGAAUCAUCGGGAAUUCAACUCUGCUGAGGAUCAUCUACAAGAACAAAUGUAUGCGGAAUGGCCCAAACAUCCUUAUUGCUAGUUUGGCGCUGGGAGAUCUGCUGCAUAUCAUUAUUGGGAUUCCCAUUAAUGUUUAUAAGCUGCUGGCAGAGGACUGGCCCUUCGGAGUGGCUCUUUGCAAGUUGGUGCCGUUUGUCCAAAAAUCCUCAGUGGGGAUCACAGUGCUCAGUCUGUGUGCGCUGAGUAUUGACAGGUACCGGGCCGUGGCCUCCUGGAGUCGCAUCAAAGGUAUUGGUGUUCCGAAGUGGAUGGCCAUCGAGAUCGCGCUCAUCUGGAUCUUAUCCAUCAUCCUGGCCGUGCCAGAGGCGGUAGCUUUUGACAUGAUCGCCAUGGACUACAAAGGAGAAGAGUUGAGGAUCUGCCUGCUGCACCCCAUGCAGAAGUCCGACUUUAUGAAGUUUUAUAAAUCAGCAAAGGACUGGUGGCUCUUCAGCGCUUAUUUCUGCCUGCCACUGGCGGUCACCGCCAUUUUCUACACCCUCAUGACCUGCGAGAUGCUGAGGAAGAAGAACGGUGUCCAGAUCGCUCUGAGUGACCACCUCAAGCAGCGGAGGGAAGUGGCAAAGACGGUCUUCUGUCUGGUUCUGGUUUUCGCUCUUUGCUGGCUCCCUCUUCAUCUCAGCCGAAUCCUCAAACUCACCAUCUACGAUGAGAAGGAUCCGAAUCGAUGCGAACUGCUGAGUUUCUUUUUGGUUCUGGACUACAUCGGGAUUAACAUGGCGUCGGUCAACUCCUGCAUCAACCCCAUCGCUCUGUACAUGGUCAGCAAGCGCUUCAAGAAUUGCUUCAGGUCCUGCCUGUGCUGCUGGUGCCUUCCAGCCGAAAUGUUAAUGGAUGAGAAACAGUCGUGCAUGAAGCUGAAGGUCACAGAGAGACCCUCCGACCAGUACAACUCCCGCAUGACCAACAAGUCCACCACUGCCUGAAGACAGUCGCCUCAAACUGUAAAUAGACAAAGCGUUGGUUCAGAUCCAUAGUUAUUCGCUUCUAAACAGAGCAGAUGAAAUACACAGAACUGAAACUGUAAACAAGGAUGAUGACCACUCAGUAAAACUGUAGCAUGUGAGGCAAGUCGGAGGGGACAGGCUUCUUGGUGGAGAUAGAGAAGAAGUGCUCAGAAUGUUUUUUCGACCAAGUAUAAAAUGGUUGCUCUUUGAAGAAACACACCAAAUAAAGUCAAAGCUAAUAACUAUUUAAUAAUCACCACACAUUCUGUACAAGUCAUUUAGUUUGGCAGUACAGCAUAAAAACAAUAUUUUUUAUUAGAGGUAUGUUUAUUAUAAUACAGCGAUUCUUCACAAAUAAUUUCCCACAAGAGCAGCAGCUAGCAUUGUGGCCAAUCGCUAAAUUUAAAAUGAUACAAUGCUGAGGUGACACGAUAAGAUCUGGCUUGCUGGCUACUUUAAAAAUACUACCACAGGUUUUUUUUUUUACAUGACCCAUACGAAAAGGGGGAUAAUAACCAUUGUAAUGGUAAAUAGCUAUGAGAAAUAAAAGGCUAUUAUUGAGCAGUGUGUUUGCAUGGACAAAAGUGAUGGGAAGAAUAAAAUUAUUAACAAAAUCCUGGCACUUAAGGGUCUUACAGCUGCGGUAGGAAAAAAAAGAUGUAAAAUCUGGACAAAUUUUACAGAAAAAAGUGAUAAAGUGAAGAAAAACACAAAAUCAAAUGAAAGUAGAAACAUAUUUCUAUAAUAAUUUUUCAUGUAAAGGUGGUAUCACAGAUUUACUCUCCGGUCGAAGUCGUAUAAAGAAACGUAUUAUUUUUUUGUGUUAUUGUCUGGAGAUCUUUAAAUCUCACUUUAUUGUUAAAUGUGAACAACAUUUCCACUGGAGAGAUUCGUCAAACAUAGGAACAUUGACGUUGGUUGACAAGUGUCUCUCUGCCGUUUGGAACUACUGAUGUGAGACUUCGACUGUGUUCUGAGUCGCAACGGUUGUACAUGUGAUAUAGUGUCUUUAAUUUUGGCUUGUUUCAUGUAUUGAUUUCAAGUUUGUAAUAUAUUAAUAAAUGUGUU